AUGGAGAUUUUAAAAGCAGUUUGGGAUAUUAUCAAAGUGGAGCUGAUGGCAGUGAUGAAAGAGUUUGAAGUUUAUGGAAGAUUGGAUUGGCGUUUGAAUUGCACCAGUAUAAUUUUAAUCCCUAAGUGUGAUGGUGCUUCUAUGGUGCACUCUUUUAGGCACAUUAGUCUAAUUGGAGGUAUUUAUAAGAUUAUCUCAAAGUUGCUGGCAGAUAGACUCAAACAAGUUCUCCCUUCUGUUAUCUCUGAUUUUCAAGGGGCAUUCGUAGAUGGUAGGCAAAUCACUGAUGAUUUGGGUAUUGGAUAUGUAUGGAGGAACUGGAUAAGAUGGUGUCUCUCAAAUAUAAGGUUCUCAAUGGCUAUAAAUGGGCCUGCUUCAAAUCUGUUUAGAAGUAGUAAAGGCAUAAAGCAGGGAGACCCAAUGUCCCCUUUUCUGUUCAUUUUGGUGGUUGAAGUUCUGUCUGUUAUGAUGAAGAAGGCUGCUUCUAUGAAUCUUUUACCUGGUUUCAGGCCAUCUAGGGAGUCUUUUAAAAUUAUUUAUUUACAAUUUGCAGAUGAUCUCAUUGUUUUCUUGGAUGACAGUUGUGAACAAUACAUAGGUAUACCACUUGGUAGUAAAUCCAAAGCUAUUGGAGUUUGGGAUGUUAUUUUACAUAAUUUUCAAAAGAAGCUUAACAUGUGGCAGAAGAGAUAUUUAUCAAAAGGAGGGAGUUCUAUUAAGUCUGUUGGUAAAAGUCUUUGGGCUGGUAUUCUGAAAAUCCGUAAUAUUGUUACAGAGAACUCUACCAUUCAGGUGAAUAAUGGGGACAAGUGCUUAUUCUGGAAGGAUGUGUGGCUGAAUGAACAAGCAAUUAUGCAUAUGUUUCCUAAUUUGUUUAAAAUAAAUAGAUUGCAAAAUUCUACAAUUCAAGAUAUGUUGGAGGUAAAUACAAGAAACAAUUGGAAUUUUGCUUUUUACAGGGCUUUAAAAAAAGAAGAAAUUGAAGACAUUGCUCACUUGCUUAACAUGCUUUGA